UACCACUUUUCACCGCAGCUACUGGGUAGCCUCGAUCGCUUCCGUCUCCAUCCAUCAAUUGCUGGCUUGCUGCACGACACAAGCAAACUCGGCUCGCAGUACUGUAGCAUCUCUCGAUCGAUCGAUCCAACCCGCCAUGGGACAAGGCAAGGAGGUGAAGACCCGGCCCGACCCCAAAGUGGAGAUCCAGGAGAAAGGCGAAAUCUUCUUCUUCUACAGGCCCAAGGUGGGCAAGGACGAGGCGCGCGGCCCCGACGACGUCCAGCGCAUGUACAUCGUCCUGCGCCCGGAGUCCGGCGACCGCGCCGUCGAGGAGAAGCAGGCGCCGGACUCCGGCAAGGAGGGCCGCAAGCACCACCACCAGGACGACGGCGACCGAGGAGGAUCCGGAGGAGGGGCGAGCACGAAGGAAGGCCACGAAGGCGGCCAUGGCAAGGAGGAGGUUAACAUCGAGGAGCAGCCGCUGCUCCGGCUGGUGGUCAUGGGGAGGAAGAGCCUGCCGGAUCCGGCCAAGCACAGCCGCCCGUACUGGGGGUACGUCGAGCUCGUCACCACCAAGGUCCAGGACAUCAAGGACGCGCUCAAGGAAGAGGAGUACAGCACGGCGACGCAGGGCCAGCGCCGCAGGCCGGCAGCGCGUGCGCUGGGCGAGGGCGUGUACCGUAUCCUGAGGCACGAGCCGGGCGGGCGGCGCUCCCCGCACACCCACCUCGUGUACAAGCUGGAGCUCCCGACCCGCGGCGACGGGGAGCCGCAGGAGGCGAUGAACGUGGAGCCGGAGGCGUCGUUCCUCGUGCAGGUGAAGAACCCCGACCCGCCCUCCGGCGGCCGCGGUGGCGGGUUCCGCGGGCUGCAGAGCAAGCGCCGCGCGGCGUUCCCGGCGCACCUGCAGGGCGCGUUCGGGAGCCGGCGGUUCGCGCCGGCGGACCCGCCGGACCUGCUCAACUACGAGGGGUGCGAGCUGCUGCUCAUCGCGGCGUCGGACGACGUCGAGGAGGAGCUCGGGCUGGAGCUGGAGGGGGAGGCGGAGGGAGAGGAGGGGGAGGGUAGCCAGGGGGAGGAGCAGCGGGCGGCCGGGUGCUCGGACCUGGUGAAGAUGUUCGGCGAGGUGGCCGACGUGAAGCCGCUGCUGAGCGGGAGCUGGGACUAGGCCGGCCGGCCGGCCACGCGACCACUGACGUGGUGUCAUUGUGCGCGUGCGCUCGUUCCAGCCUUUUGUCUUUGAUCAAUGGAGAUGGCGCUUUUGUUGCUCUCCAUAGUUAGGAAGGAGGUCGUUGUCGUAGGAAGGUGUUUAAUUAGCUUGCUGCAGUUUUAGUUGUUUGGAUGUACUAACUGCUUACUGCUAUUUAGCAUGGCAGUGUAAAGUUGGGUUCAAACUUAAAGUUGGAACCGAAUUACCGUGU